AUGAGAGUCAUGUAUGAGUCGUGGUUCGUCAAGAACAAAGUAGAUGUUGUUUUUGCUGGCCACGUCCACGCCUACGAAAGAUCGGAACGCAUAUCUAACAUAGCUUACAAGUUGGUCAACGGCUUGUGUAGUCCAGUCAAAGAUCAAUCUGCUCCGGUUUACAUCACCAUUGGUGAUGGAGGAAAUAUUGAAGGAUUGGCUACCAACCGAAGUACUCUGCCUUCAGAGAAGCGAGCUUCGGGCAUGCGAUAUUCUCGAGCAAGAACAGGACGCACGCUCACUAUGGAUGGCACAGGAACCAGGAUGGUUACGCAGUGGAGGCUGACACCAUGUGGUUUCACAACAGAUUCUGGCAUCCUGUUGAUGAUUCUUCUUCUUUUGAUUCUUGAGAAACUCAGAAUCUAA